GGCCAGCCUCCAUUAGAAGAAGUGCUUGAGUGACUGGUGGUCGCCAUUGUUGGAGUGUUACUGUGUUACCCUCUAAGAGAAACCAUCAUCCUUCUUAGCUAUACAUAGAAUAGAAGGAUUGAAGGAAGUAGUUACUUAUUAUUAUAAAUAACCAGAUUAAUUAACUUCUGGCCUUCUGGGUACGUAGCUAAUACUGUAUAUAGCAAUGGCAGACCAUCAGAGAGUCCAUCCAGUCGAUCUCGAAGCCCGGCCGACGGCACCCUUGGUGUCCCGUGAAUCAUCAAGAUCAGAGAAAGGUGAGCCUAUUGAACACUACCCUCCUCCGCCUCGCCGCACUUUUCCGGUCAGCCACUCGAAGCCACCCAAGAGAAGUUGUUGUUGCAGGUGCCUGUGUUGGACAAUAAGUCUCCUUAUACUUCAGGUGAUUGUGGUCGCCAUUGCUGGAGCCAUUCUUUACCUUGUCUUCCAACCCAAGCUCCCAAAAUACUCGGUCGACCGCCUGCUAAUAACGAGCUUCCAACCCAAUAGCGAUGGAAGCCUCUACGCCCAAUUCAAUGUUACAAUUACAGCCAGGAACCCAAACAAGAAAAUUGGGAUUUACUACGAGGAUGGGAGCCAGUUGAGUGUGUAUUACACAGACACUAAGCUCUGUGAAGGGUCUCUACCCAAAUUCUACCAGGGUCACCAGAACACGACUGUCCUGAACGUGGCCUUGACAGGUCAGGUCCAAGAUGGAAAUGCAUUGAUGUCAACGUUGACAGCACAACAACAGACUGGUAGCAUACCUUUGAGGCUCAGAGCCAGGGUGCCAGUGAAAGUGAAGCUUGGGAAAUUGAAGCUGAAGAAGGUGAAGUUCUUGGUCAGAUGCAAUUUGGUGGUGGAUAGUCUAGCUGCCAAUGGUUUUAUCAGAAUAAGAACUAGUAGCUGUAAGUUUAGGUUCAGGCUUUAAUUUCUUAUUAGUUGUUUACUUGUCUCUUUUAUGGCUUUUAUUGCAGUUUGUUUUUUCUUUUUCUUUUUCAUCCUCUUGGAUUAUUAGAAUUAUAUUGGUUGAUUUAUUUUCUUUCCCUAAGAGAAGUGGAGCCUUUAUUUGUUUCCACUCCAUUUGUAUUUAUUUGGAUUCAUUUUCUUGGGAUCGAUAUAUUUAGGUUCAUCAGAGACAGAUCAGGAUUUUUAUGAAAAUAAAUAUAUGUUUGUGAGGUAGCAUAGAUUAUACUAAAUAAGGUGGAAAAAUUACCAUUAGCUGCCUUGUUA